AUGCGCGAACCAUUUGACUCCACCCCACUGUCCGACGCGGAGGAGUUCGAAACUUCUCUAGAGACCGUCGAAUGUGCCAUCUGCUGCGAUUUAUUCAAUCACGAGCACCGACCGAUCAUGGUCCAAACUUGUGGACAUGUCUUCGGUGCACAAUGUCUUGUCCAGUGGGUUGACAGUGGCAACGCCAACCAACACCAAUGUCCAAUCUGCCGCGGGAGCCUAUCUGGUCGAAAUGCCAUCAUAGCUGAAGACGGCAGCUUAUUCAACUUGAAUCUGCCUGACGUCCCCAUGGAGGAAGUUAACAAUAGCAUAGGCCCAGUCUUUGCAGCUCCACCCAACAAUAACACGCCUGUCGUCCCAGCCUCUACCAUAGACCUUCCCCCACGACAGGCUGAACAAAACCCAAUUCCAGCACACAGCCGUCAUACACAACCAUUGACACAGCGCCUACGAUCUGCCCUCUCCAACCCAAUCGCCUCCAUCCGCCAGAACUACCAAGACAUCCGCACAGCAGUCCAUAACCGUCCAGACCACUCCGCUUCAAUCAUCUCGCUGUUGAUGCCCCAUCGCAGAGCACACUCUCGCACUGCUGCUCGUGCUCGUCACCACAAUGCCAAUCGCGUACGUGCUGGGGCCGACCAGAGACUCGAUAACUCUGGGGUACAUGGUCCGGGACUGCCAUGGGGCGUGUAUCUGGCUGCUCGUCCGGUGCUUGUUCGAGCACCUGCUUAUGAUGAGGGUUGGCGGAAUGCCCGCGCUUUUCGUGGUUUGUAA